GAAAGAGUUAAUCAAAAGCUCUCUAAUGUUAUUUUGAUUUUCUUAUUUCCCUCCGAACGAGUGUUUACCCUAACACAUCUCAAAACAUUUUCUUUACUAACCAUCCUCAAUACUCCAUCCAAAAAGCUGGAGAACGAGACAAAGAAGAGAUGAACAAGAAGGAGGUGUUGAAGCUAGCGAAGGGGUUCAGAGGGAGGGCGAAGAACUGUAUCAGAAUAGCAAGGGAGAGAGUGGAGAAGGCGCUUCAGUACUCCUACAGAGACCGCCGCAAUAAGAAGCGCGACAUGCGCUCCCUAUGGAUCCAGCGGAUCAACGCCGGCACCCGCCAGCACGGUGUGAACUAUGGCAAUUUUAUGCAUGGGCUGAUGAAGGAAAAUGUGCAGCUGAACAGGAAGGUUUUAUCUGAGAUCUCUAUGCACGAACCAUAUAGCUUCAAAGCCUUGGUUGAUAUCUCCCGAGCUGCUUUCCCUGGCAAUAAGCCACCAGCCAUCCCACCUCUCCAAGAAAAGAAGGGUCUUUCACUUCUUGUUUAAUCAUUAGAUGCCCCCCCCCCCCCCCCCCCCCACCACCACCACUUCUGUUUGUCUGUGUUGGCUGAUUCUAGAGGGAAAACGUUGAGCACCACCUAUCUUUUUAUGACUAGCUUUCAAGUCUACAAGUCUACAACCUGUACUCAUCUGAGGUACAUUGAUUUAAAAUGUGGAUUGCAAUGUCUGAUACGGCCACAAUAUUGUGGUUGUUGGUAGCACCACAACCGCAUUGGGCCGCAAUGGUGGUAUUUUUUUAAUUUAUGGCCAAAGCCGCAACGUAACCAAAACGAAGCAACAUUUUUAUGGCUGAAUGAGUAUAUUACUUCAUAAUCA